GUUACAUUCGUAAUACGCUGUCGGUUUUGUAAGUGUUGCGCUUGGUCACUGUCGUAGAAUCCUAUCCGAUCUGUAUCGAAUAGAGAAUUUCAGGUCGCCAGUUAUUACUACUGUCAAUCUUCGAAAAAUGUUUACGAAUUCUCUCCUAAUGGCUUCCAACACAGAGACACCAUCUGAGGAACCACAGAUAGACAUUCGACACUUCAAGAUAACGGUGAUCUGCAUAAUUUGUGGUGGUAUUGUCUUCACUAUUUUGACAUUGUUUAAAAACCUACAGUCCAUGUUUGCAGUUAAUUUUAUUCUAACGAACUUAUCGAUCAUCUUGAUUUCUGUGGGUACAGCAUACUUUUUUCAGUGUGGUGAAAUGAGAUAUCUGUUAAUUUCUGUCAGCUCGGCAGUUCUCAUCACAAUAAUAGUCGUUAUGAUAGGUAUGAAUUUAAGACAUUUGAAAAGAGAGGGAUGCUUUUUGCUCAUCUCAAUAUCUUGCAUGCUCGUCGUUUGGGGGAUCAUAGUUUUUUACAUUGGAUUAGCCAAGGACUCUAUUCUGUUUAUGGAAUUCGCUACAAGUGCCUGUUGGACGUGUGCUGCAACAAUCGUAAGUCUUACGCAAACCUUUAGUAGAGAAUAAAUCUUAUGAACAUGAAAAAUCAAGUUUUCCCUGUUAAUUAGGAAAAUACGAAUGCAUUCACUAAUUCCAAGUGUUUGUGAGAUGACCUACAAAACAAAUUCAUUUAACGACUGUUCACUUCAGAUUUCAAUAUGGAUUAAGGACCACACUGAAAUUAGAAAGUUGUGAGGAAGAUGUAUAGCUGAAGUCGAUGUUUUCGGCGUUGUCCUCGUCUCUGAACUGGACAGUUCAUGUGGGAAGCAUUCAAUAUUAUUCUGAACAAAAAUGCAGUUAUUACAGAUGACGCUGUCCAGAAGGAAAACUUCUUCGCAUAACCACUCAAACUCACAGAAUACAACAACACCAAAAUACGCUGAAAUUAGUCAAAACUCCUACAAGCCAUAAAAGUAAAUGCUUAAGAUGCACUUAAACUUGUGCUUAUAUUUGCAAUAAAUUCACGCAUCACAUGUUAAUUUCUAAUUAAAGACGCAUUUGUCUUUAGGUCCAUACAGAUCUAUGUUAACUCAAACAUUUGAAUCUCAAUGAGACUGCCUGACUUAAUUGUAUAGUGUAUUGAGUAAUGCGCAUAUUAUUGAGAGCGGAUUCCAUUUUAGAGUGUGAUACUUCAAUACGCUGAGGCAAGUGCAAAGUUAUGUGGAAAAUACAGCAAUGUAUUAAUGCAUAAUAGAUCAAAUGAUGUGCUAAACUCUAUUCAAUUAACACGUUCCCACCCGAAGCACCAUCCAACAUCUGAGAAUCUCCAAGUUGAAUGAAGUACCUGAGUAUUUCCAAGCCAUCUAUAAGUGAAGAGCUUGAAGUAGACAGAUAUGUCGGGUCUCAACUAGACAGCUUCAUAUCUAACCUAAUGAAGGGAGAGGUUGAGAAAACAAAUUUAUCAACAGUCCACGAGGAAUCGUAUUCUACAACACAACUGAAACACAAUAUUAGAUCAAACUUAUUGUGAGUUCGAACAAUGCCUCGCAGUGAAACAUUCAAUAGUCAUCACAUAUGUAUAAGGUUUCCGUUUUCAGCUGUCAAGGUUGAGCGGAUCACACUGUUAAGCAUUGCAGGUUAAGAUUCCUAUGGCAAUAUUUCUUUCAUUAUUGCGCUAUAUUUCACCAUUUGCCAUUACUGAUGUAAAACAUAAUGAUUAUUAUCAAUCGUCUGGUUUUCAGGAAUAUGACUGACUUUAUAUUGAAUUUCAUCACUAACCCACAUCAAUAAGAGAAGAGUUGAAAACCGCGGAAUACUAGACAGCCGUAUUAUUCUAAUCUGUAGCUCUUCAAGAGUGCAAACACAACACACAGCCAGAGAUCGAACUCAGAAUUUCCAGAUUGACAGGCGAACCUACCACUCUCCAACACUAACUGAGACGCUGUCUACUCCCUCCUCACAUCCCUGUUUAUAAUUCCCCUUUCGAAACCCUUAUCUUUUGUCUCGCUUUGUUUGCCACAUGGAGUGUGACAACUGAAACUCCUGCACCCCGGUGUAAAGCUCUAUGCUGAAACCGAUUGGUAGGUCAGUGGGUCAGGGUGUCUUUCGGUACAUUAAAUGCUAUUUUCUGAUGACUCGCAAUAUGUAGAGCCACCAUCAGUCACUGUAAUCGAUGUGCAUCUUUCCUCAUACCCAAUUUGGUGGACCUCAAUAGCCGAGAAACCUCACUGGUACUACAGGCGCUUUAUCUCCCAGAUUGUUAUUAAUGCAAAAUGGACAUAGCACCUGUCCAGUAAUCUCUGUUUUUCACUGCCUCUCUAACUGAUGUCGGUUAGAGAACAAAUAAUUUUCUCUCACUAAUGCAAUCUAAUCCGUUUUGAAUUACAGUUAGAAUUUGUUACUGCAUGUGAAAUGAAACGCUGCAGAGACGGUGAUUCAUCUCUAUUUAGCUAUGAACAAAUAGCUUUCCUUCUAUGGGCAGAUAUUUUAGCAAUAUGCAUAUCAAUAGGAGUGUUUUUUUUGGAUAAAUUAGCACUAUGUGACUAAAGCAACUGUAUCAUGUUCAUUUGAACACUUCACCUUGAAGUUCGUAAGACACAUGUACACACAGUAUAAAUCAUUGUAAAACUGAAACGUAUUUUUCAUUUUCAUUGUCCAUACACUCCAUGAGGUAAUUAAACAUUUCAAAUACAGACUAUUCAGUAAUGAAUAUACAAUAACAUUCCAAUAACAUUCUCAUUGGGCUCUGCACUUACACAUACAUUCAGUACAAUACAAUGUAAAACAGAAAGUGUUUGUAAUCAG